GGACCUCGACGCCGCGCCCCGAGUCACGGCCCCGGCGGGCUCCGGGUGCCGACGGCCCCCUGGGACCACGCCGGGGGGAUGCAGCCCCCCGGUGAGACCCCGCUCCGUGCACACCGGGGGAAACCCGGUCCCGGUCCCCCUAUCGGAGCCUCCGCUUCUCCCCGGAGCAUCGCGGCGCGGCUUUAGUUUUAAGCAGAUUGCGGAGCUCCCAGCCCGGCGGCAGCGUUUGGCUGCAGCUUGGAUAUUUACGGUCCUUUUAUCGGGCUGCGGUAAUUGCCGCUCGUGUUUCCGCGUGCGAGUGGGUCAACAGAGCACGGACACCGGCACUCGCUGAUGAUUCCCACCUCUCUGCCGGCCCUGUUCAGCCUUUAUCUCCUCACUGACCUGCUGAUGGCACCAGUUUGCUGCUCGCCAGCAGCGCGGAGGGGUCGGGCCGGGCCGGGGACGCGUCCCCACGGCAGCAGCCCCGAGCCCUGAGCCCCGCUCCGCGCACCCCGUCCCCCUCGUCCUCAAGCCCCGUGCUUAACGCUAGGUGGUGGUGUCCUCCUGGAGCUGCGGGCUGAGCGCUGCUGGCUGCCCGACACUGCUGGGGCAGGAAAAGUCCCUGGAAAAGCCAGUUGCGACGCGCCGAGCCCGAUGUCACGCCGCAGCUACCCGGCUGGGGGAAGGAGGGCCCCCCCCAAGAGCACAAUGGAGAUGGACAAAAUAUUCCUCCAGCUGUGUGAGGAGGUUACCAGGCUGCAGGAUCUGUGUGCGAAGCAGGGCAAGCUCCUCCAGAAGCUGACUGCCAGGAAGGGCCCUGUCCUCGAUAUCCCCAUGUCGCUGCCGGUCCAGUGCACGGAGGACAUGGCCACGGAGGAAGGGGAAAGGCCACCGGGCAGCCCACAGAAGUGCUCCGAGGCCCCGGAGGGCUCUGCCCACCCCCUGGUGCAGCCGCACGCUGCCGACGUGCCCGGCUUCGACAGCAGCUACCCACCGAGUGCCCCAAACGGCAGCGUCUUCGACGGCGGGGCUGGCAGAGCAGCUCUUGCUGUGGCUUUUGGCAGCAACAAGGCAGAGAGAAGUGAGAAGAUGGAUCUAGACACGUGGCUGAAGAACUGCAGGAUGCCUCCUGUCGUGAAUAGCCCCGAGGAAGGAGUGAGAGCUUGCUGCAGCCCGCAGGAGUUCGUGGCACCAAAUGCCGAGGCUGUGGACUCCUUCCUGACUCUCUUGGACCUUUACAAAGGCCCAGAAGCCCUUCAGAAGGAAGAUGCUCCCAGUGAAAGUGCUCCGGCUGCUGAGGAAAAGGUGCCAGUAGAGAUCCGAGGACCCAUGAAGACGUCCUGGACACCAGGCUGGAUGCUGGAGGAUGCUCCGCUCGGGCAAGGUGACGUCCUCACCUCCGAGGCCGCUCAGACUUAUGACAUUUGCCAGGCGAUUUUCCCCUCGGAUGCGGCAGCCCAAGCAGACUAUUUAAAGGAAGUCUUAACCCAUAUGAAGUAGGACUUUCCACUCGUAAACCUGCGUAUUUGCACCGCGACCACGAUGGGCUCUGGACCUUCAUGAGAUCCUGCUGCUGGAUCAGCUCAGGCAGCAAUCCUGUUCCGAGUAAUCCGGCGUGCUCCCAAACUGGUGCUCCCGUCCCUUGUGCCCUGCUGGAUGGGCCGGCUGGGGGCUCGGGGUGUGUUUUGGCUUUUUGAGCUUUGUGGAUAUCAAAGCAGCUUCUGUGCCAGAGGCUGGAGGUGUGUGGGGGAUGUGGGGAGCUGUAACUCAACGGGAAAUGAACAUUUUUCAAAAUUCUCCAUAACCACAAAGGUUGAAAUACUUUUUCUGUAAAUAGAGACAUUUGAAAAGCUUUGGCUUUUUAUGAGAAGUCUCAGCUCGGAGCACAGUUCAUCUUCAUGCGGAUGCUUGGGUGGCUCCAUGAGCAGGAUCAGGCCCUUGUUUGGCUGGAGGUCAAAGUGGGUUUUCUCCCAUCAUGGUGCAACCUCCCCGUUUGCAUCUCCAGCUCCAAGUUUUAUCCCAUGGCUCCUCAAAUUAAUUAGAUUGUGGCAUGACUUUAUAGUGUUUUGUGCUCUUGUUUAGAACCUGGAAGAAUAUAUCUGUUUCCAACAUGCUAAGUUACUGGAAGCACCAGCUCAAACAGAGAGCCAGAGCAAGAAGGGCCAUAAAUUUAUUUGGUAUAAAAUUGUAACAGCCAUCCAAAACUUGCCGGAAGGAAGAAAACCAUCCCAGUUCCUCCUGCUCUAAGAGCAAGUCCAGUAAAUUUAAUUUAAAAAUCCCAGGCACAGAUGGCUUUUCUCAAGAGUAAAAGCAGUCGUGGCACACUGGUUUCCAUGAGCUGUGCUCUGAAAUGAGCCACGCGUGUGUCUGUGCGUGGCAUUGCACGAAAUGACACAAAAAAAUCACACCGGGCGCAUUUGGGGUCACCCAUCCCCAAAUUUCAGCGUGAUGCUCCGCCUGCGCUCCAUCCCUGGUGACUCAGGCCGUUUGAGCUGUCCAAAUUCGACCAACUAACUUCACCGCGUGGACUUCGACGCGCUUCGUUAUAUUUUUAGAUGUCGCGUUGUGCGGUGCAAUUAGUCACCCCCCUCCCAGCCAGAUGGUCCACGGUGACACAGGAGCUUCUUUUUUUAAUCCAACACUUUCCAUUGGCAUGAGCAUGCCUCUGCUUCCUAAAUAACCUUAAGUAUAGGGUGUUUGUUUUAGCUGCAGAGAGUGGGCGGCGUGUUAUUGUUUUUCCCCAGGUUCGGCUCACCAGGGCUCCAGUGGGUGUCAUUUCUGAAAAGGCAGGAGCAGAAUGAUGGCAGUUUCCAGUAAGGAGAAAUUGGAAAAUCAAGGCUUGAUGCGCCGGAUUAAACCUGCUGUAAUUCUGGCUGCUGGGCGUGUGCGUCGGGCAAGCACAGGAAUAUGCGCAUCCUCCCACGGCUCUUGUUUUCAAGGCUUAAAGCAGCUGAAGAAGGAGACCCCAGUGCUUCCCAGUGAGAACCAAGCCAGCCCAAAAGCAGCUGAACACCAGAUUUGGGUGGAAAAUGUUCACUUGUUGAGUUUUCUCCUCGAGGAGCCUGGGAUGUGGGAAGGGAGAGGGGGCUGAGAGCCUGGGGCAAUGUGCAUGCACCCAUGCACGUGCACACACACACACACACGUGCGUGCACAUGCACCCCGAACUCUGUACGAACACCCACAAAUGUUACGAAAUAUUUAUAUUUCCUAAAGUGAUAACACAUAUUCUUGAAGGAAAGAAGCUCUGUGAUGACUGUGGCUGUCCCCAGCCUCUCCCUCGUUCCCGGAAUUGCCAUCAGCAAUAAGGGGAAGGGGGAUCAUCGCCCCACAACCUGCAGCAGGACCCCCCUGUGCCACCAGCAGGAAUGGGAAAUCGUUACCGGCUGUUAAUUAAUGACCAGCCCUCUGUUGUCAUCUCCCACUAAUGGAAGAGAAAUGCUUCCUUAUCCCGUCUCGUUUGGCCAUGGACUCGGGGAGUCUGAAACUGGCACACGGAGCACAGGACGUACAUUUCCAGUCAAUGAAAGAACUUUACAACACGGUCA